AUGAAACACGUAAUACAAAGCCGAAAUGUGUGUUUUAUUAUCUAUCUAUCUAUCUAUCUAUCUAUCUAUCUAUCUAUCUAUCUAUAUCUCUCUCUCUCUCUCUCUCUCUCUCUCUCUAUAUAUAUAUAUAUAUAUAUAUAUAUGAAUAUAUUCUGUAAAAGUACAUUCCUUAUAAUUAAUCUAUAUAUCCAUUUUCUUUCUAUCUAUCUAUCUAUCUAUCUAUCUAUCUAUCUAUCUAUCUAUCUCUCUCUCUCUCUCUCUCUCUCUCUAUAUAUAUAUAUAUAUAUAUAUAUAUAUAUAUAUAUUCUUUCUUUUUAUAUCUCUGUCGAUCUCUCGCUCACUAGCUAUCUCAUGAUGCCAAUACUAAUCUAUUUCAUUCUAUCUCAUGAGGUCAAUACUAAUCUAUCUUUCUAUUUCAUUGUAUAUAUAUAUGUAUAUAUAUAUCGCUCUAUCUAUCUAUCUAUCUAUCUAUCUAUCUAUCUAUCUAUCUAUCUAUCUUUUUUUCUAUCUCUCUAUAUUACCUAUCUAUCUAAUAAUAUAUCUGCUAAUCUACAAAAUUGUCUUUUUAUCUAUCUAUCUAUCUAUCUAUCUAUCUAUCUAUCUAUCUAUCUAUCUAUCUAUCUUCCUAUCUAUUUCAUUGUCUCUCUCUUUCUUUCUAAUUAUAUCUCUACUAAUUUAUCUACUAAUCUAUAUAUCUGUUUUCUAUCUAUCUAUCUAUCUAUCUAUCUAUCUAUCUAUCUAUCUAUCUAUGUCUCUACGAAUUUAUCUAUCUGCCUCAUGAUAUGUCUCCUAAUUUAUCUCAUAAUACUAAUCCAUAUUCUUAUCUAUUUCAUUGUCUCUCUCUCGCUCUUUAUCUUUCUUUCUAAUUUUAUGUCUAUUAAUCUAUCUACUAAUCAAUAUAUCGAUUUUCCUUCUUUCUUUCUUUCUUUCUAA